GGAAGUCUGUCUGUGAUUUAGUGAUUUUGGGGAAGGCUCAGCCGUUCCUGCUGAACAAAAAGGCAUAGUUUAUCAACCUGGGACACGUAUGUAAAAUGGCAACUGCUGUCUUUAACUAGGAAAUCUAAUCUCCACCUUGUAACACCGAGUCUUCGUCUUCUUACCUAGUACCUUCCUUUCAAAGGAUGUUGAUGGGACAGCUUCAGCUCUAAGCUGGUCGGUACCAAUAUUCACUAAAGGUGGAGGAGAAAAAAAGGUUAUUUUUGGUAUUUUUUUUCUUCGUGCUUUACGUCUAAUGUAUUAUACUUUUAGCAAAGUGUUAUAGCUUUCUGUUUGCGGCACAGAACGAUCGCUUAAGAGAUUUUUGUAUUUCGUACAACCCCCCUUGAGCGAAGUGGAACUUGGUGUAUGCAGGAAGCUGUAUGGCAUGUCGCUGUGUUUAGGGAAAUAAGCGGUGCAGCUACCCUUUGCGUCCUGCUUUUGGAAAAAUUCUUGUGUCCACGUUAACGGAUGUAAUAAUUACACGGCACUUGAAUGCAAAAAAAAAUACAGGUCCUAGCUGUUGUUUAAGACCGGGUUAAAGGACGCACCAGUAGAAUCCGACGGGUUUAUGUACUUUGAUCAUUGCUUACUUGUGGAAAGGUAGAUUUAACCAGAGCUUGACAGCGUCACCCCAAGAGCCAACGGGGACAGGUGUAUUGCCUUGUUUUGUAAGACGUAAAAACGAGCAAAAACAACAACAACACAAUCCCUGUGCCUCCGAUUGAUCUUAUUGAUGAUCAUGUCUGAUCUGGUAUUGCUGGCGCCGAUUGCCUUUCUGUUACUGGGUCUGUUGCUCACUAUUCUGGGGUAUGUGCUGUAUUCGGGACUGUUAACGGAAAUCAUCGUCCGGACUGGAUCUCCCCCGAUCAGGAAUAUCACCAUUGCCUACAAAUUCAAACAGGGUCCGUAUAAGGAGUGCGGAUCUCUCUUCACCGAAAGCUGCAGCAUCGGCCCGAAGCUUUCUUCAAUCGGUGUGUACUAUGAUGACCCUAAACAGGUGCCUGCUGAGAAAUGCCGGUGUGCUGUGGGCAGCAUCCUGAGCGAGGGAGAGGUGAAGCCCUCUGAAGAGCUUUUACGGCUUUACGAGAAGUUUGGAUACAAGAUCUUCUCCUUCCCGGAGGUCACGCACGUUGUCACGACAGCCUUCCCUCACAGAACCUUCCUGUCCGUUAUGCUGGGUGUACACAGGGUGUACCCACAGCUGUCCAGCUACAUAAAGGAGCGAAAGCUGUGUGCUCACCCCUUCCUUGAGAUUUACCGGGGAGACCUGAUUCACUACAUGAGCCCUCUUGCUCGCCAGAGUGACUUCUAUGUACCGGAGGUCAGAGACACUGAACGGAAACUGCAGGCUGAUGAAGAGUCAGAGGACAGGCAAACAGACAUCACAGAAAAGGUGGAUGUGAAUCUCUUUCAAGGUGAGGACUCAAACAGCGAAACUGGUUCCGUGAGCCAAUUGGCCAUGUCUGAGAGCCGUGAGACUUCCCUGGCAACGUCAGUUGCGCCCUCUCUGCCUCCCAGGGACCAAGACGAUGGGGACAACAGGAGUGACAGAAGUGACAAGGGCUCCAACGAAUCGGUUGGAAGUGGCUCCUCCUUCGAGGAGCUCGACCUAGAAUCGAUUGAGGGAGCGGAAAAUGUGGGGGUCACCCAAGCUGAAUUGAGGGCCAACAAGAACCAGGAUGUUAUCGCAGAGGAGCGUGGGGCCAUUGUGGAAGGGGAGGAGUAGACAGUUACUAAAAAGGCAGGCGGUUUUUGUCAGAAGUAGUUUGAGAAUGUAAAAAAAAAAGAAUUAACCACAUAUUGUCAUUAUGUCUUUCACUAAAAACAAUGUAAGAAAUUGUAGUGGUGCCCCUAGGAUGCAAGUCCAAAAGAAAGGAAAAGAAGGAUGCAGUUAGCCAUGGGUACAAUUUCAGAUUAGCGUUCAUGAGCUUGUUUUGACCUCAGAUAAAAUCCAGCCUCUCCUUUUUGAUCCCAUAUGGCUGACAGGGCUAACAGAUAAAAACCUGCAAUGAGCGACAUAAGAAUUCAAUUUGACUGAUGUAUUAGAAUAGCUUCAUUUGUCAGUUAAGGGGCAGAGUGGGAUUUCUUCAUUAUAUUUGCAUUUUUGUCUGUUUCUCCAUUCAAAUAAAAAAAAAACCCACAACUUUGUCUUCGUUUUAGUAAGUGUUGUCUGCUGGAGAUAUAAGGUUAGAAUCCAAAACAUUGAGGCCUCCCCCUCUUUGGUUGAAGCAAGAAGUACAGUCAGAUGACAAAUGUAAUCUUACUUAAAGAAGUAGUUUCAGAAUGCAGAGGGAAUAUGUAGCUGCGCUUGACUCCUACCACAUGUAUUAAAUCAAUUUAUGGCAGCCUCACAUUGUUAGAAAAUAUGGAAUCUGUGGCAUUUAAUUUUUUAUUUUGUGCAAUAUAAAAGGAGAUAAAUGUGUUCUGGAAAAUUGAGUUUCUGACAUUUUUCUUAAUGCUCCUGCAGUCUUUCAUUUAAAUACAUGUGGAGAUGUGAGAAACGUAAUCUGGAAACAGACAUUUUCAAACCCGUGAUUGGUCUUUAAAUGUUUAUGGUCACUUUAUUCUUAUAGUAGUUUCUUUUUUUCAGAGAUUUAUAUGUAGUCCAAAAGUAACUUUCGCACAUUUUUUUCUAUACAGUAGGUUAAAAAAAAUACACAACCUGAAAUAAGGGCUCUUAGUUGUUAAGGUGUAUUAUUUAUCUACAAUAUCAUAAUUUUUGGAAAUAGUGGUGCUUAUAUUUUUCCAGUACAAUGCUUGUAGUGUGUUCAGAAUUUCCUAACUUGACAUUUUGAAUCUCAUAUUUCUGGAAGUUACUGUAUCUACAGCAAAUCCUCUGCUCUUCUGUCAGCAAGACUGAAUGUUCCCUGAAAAUAUGUGUAGCUGACAAAACCACUGGUGAAGGGUUUAAAUAAUUAGAACCAGGAACAGCAAAUUUAAAAGCACUCUCAUGUAAUCCAUUGUGUACACACAAUCUAGAAUAAAGGUACUGUAAACUUGACUUCCUAAAUAAGGCUUGAUUAUUAGUUUUUACUCAUCUCCAGUCAGUCCUGCUAUAAAAACUGAUAUUGACAUUUUAUCAAGACGUUGUACACUGGUGGAGUUUCCAUUCAAAAAUCCUUUGAUUAAGUUAGCAUUAUUUUCCCUGACGAUGCUUUCUAAACUUCAAACUGUAGACUUUCAGAUUUUUCAAAGCUGUAUCAACUCCCCCAAUAGUCUUCAAGUUUUGUGAUUCUGAUAGGGACCAAAACCUAGAUAACACACCAGGCCUGGUGAUUUGUGGAGCUGUGCUGCUGGCAUUUUCUAUUUUGUGAUCUCUAUACAGGAAAUGCAGUGGUGCUACAAAGGCAUUUUCCUAUUAAGACUUGUUAAAUUUGGCAUGUUGCUGGAGAUUAGAGUGCGUUUAUUGAACUACUUCAUUUUCAGUGUUUUUGGAUAUGUCAUGCCACAUUUGUACUGCUGAAAUUGGGUCACAGCAUAUACAGUAUAUUGUAGGAACUUAACACUUUGGUUUUGGCCAGAGUAUUUUUUGUGUUGUUGAAUUGUUGAUGGAAAGUGUACUCUGUCUCACAUGGUCUUCAUUUUCUUGACUGUAAUAAAGAGUCUCUUCCCACUCCAAACAAA